AUGAAAGGGGAGAAGGAGAAAAACCGGAAAAAGCGUCGUAAUGUCGCUGAAAAGGCCAAAGUUACGCGCGAGAAGAAACUCAUUUCUUCUGCGCAGAGCGCACCUCCGCAUGACGAAGAAGAUUCAACGAGCAGCAGCGAUACGCAGCAUGAUAUACGCGAAGAGGUGCCUGCAGAGGACGGUGGGGCCCCCAUGGAUGUGGCCAAAGAGGAGGAGGGGGCCCCUGCAGCAGCUGAGACAGAUGCAGCGGGAAAGAAAGCACCUUCAGGCGCAUCCGGUGGAUUCUUUUCGGAGGUUCUGUUUGAAACGUUGGACAUUUGUCAGCCAGUAAAGAACGCCCUCAAAGAGAUGCAAAUGGAACGCCUCACCGAAAUCCAAGCCAAGUCGAUACCGCGCUUGCUGGAAGGCAAAGAUGUAUUGGGAGCAGCAAAGACAGGUUCUGGAAAGACGCUGGCGUUUCUGAUUCCUGCCGUUGAGUUGCUGUACCAAGUGAAAUUUUUGCCGCGUAACGGCACGGGGGUUAUUAUAAUAUCUCCAACUCGCGAGUUGUCUCUGCAGAUAUACGAUGUGGCGGUGGAGCUUUCCAAGUACCUCCCUCAAACUCUGGGGCUCGUAAUGGGGGGAGCUAACAGAAAACAUGAAGCAGAAAAACUCGCAAAAGGGGUUAAUGUCCUCGUGGCUACACCCGGAAGGCUUCUGGAUCAUAUGCAAAACACAAAGAAUCUUUUGUCUCUGGUGAUCGAUGAAGCCGAUCGCAUCUUAGAAAUUGGAUUUGAAGAGGAAAUGAAUGCAAUUUUGGCGUUGCUUCCUAAACAAAGGCAAACAUGUUUAUUCUCAGCAACGCAAACAGCAAAGGUAGCCGACUUGGCGCGUCUUUCUCUCAAGAAACCCGUCCUUGUGCAAGUUCAGAACGCCGUGGCCACGGUUUCUGGGUUGCAGCAAGGCUACGUGAUUUGUCCUGCUGAGCAGCGUUUUUUGUUGUUGUUUACGUUUUUAAAGAAGAACAAAGACAAAAAAGUAAUGGUGUUCUUUAGCAGCUGCAUGUCGGUUCGCUUUCAUGACGAGUUGUUCAAUUAUAUCGACCUACCCACCACCUGCAUCCAUGGCAAGAAGAAACAAGCAGCGCGAAUGUCUACUUACUACGAGUUCUGCGAAGCAGAGGUCGACUGGAUCGUGCAAGUCGAUCCUCCAGACGAUCCCAGGGAGUACAUACACCGCGUAGGUCGCACGGCUCGUGGGGCAGGCGGCAAAGGCAAAGCACUUUUGUUUUUGAUGCCAGAAGAGGUUGGCUUUCUGAGGUACUUAAAACAAGCGGGUGUGCCGCUUAAUGAAUACACUUUCCCCUCGUCUAAACUCGCCAACGUUCAGACGCAGCUGGAGCGCCUCAUUGAAAAGAAUUAUUAUUUGCACAAGUCCUCACGCGACGCCUACAGGUCCUACCUACACGCGUAUGCAUCUCACGGUUUGAAGGAUAUUUUUAAUGUUUAUAAUCUCGACUUGCAGCGGGUGGCCCGGGCGUUUGGGUUUGCAGUGCCUCCAAAAGUAGAUUUAAAUUUAAAAGCAAAGGGAAGAGGAAACAAUGACAAAAAAAAUAAAAGAUUCAACGCCAGCGGACAUAAAUUCUCUGCCGCCAACCCAUACGGUGUGCGGGCGCCGGAUGACAAGCGUCAGUUCUGCCGCUGA